UUGGGAUAGAGAUUUAAAGGAUGGACUCAUGCUCCAUCAUAUUUGAUAUUUAUCCACCCGUCCAAACUGUUUUGGCUCUGUUACUUUGUGUUCCAGGGACCUCGUACCUAGUCUUUGACGAUGAAGUUCAACUUGUUCAGAAAGCCACAGGCCGUGGCGGCCGCCGAGCCCACAGGGGCCACAACCGUGACCAUGGCUCCUUCUCCGGCUGAGAUUUCCACUCUGGCGCCGGAUACUUCAGGCUCCAACAUCACAGAGAUUAGCAAGAAUGACAUGUUUGAAGAGAUCAAGAGCAAAUUCUUAAAUGAAAUUGAUAAAAUCCCACUUCCUCCGUGGGCUUUGAUUGCCAUCGCUGUGGUCGCCGCACUGCUCGUCCUCACUUGCUGCUUCUGUAUAAUAAAAAAAUGCUGUUGCAAGAAGAAGAAAAACAAGAAAGGAAAAAAGGGAAAAGACGGCUUCAACAUGAAGAACAUGCAAGGUGGUGAGAAACAACAGGAUGACGAAGAUGAUGAUGAGGGAGAGACCGGACUAACAGAGGAGGAGAAGGAGGAAGAAGAGAAAGAGGAAGAAAAACUGGGAAAGCUGCAGUACUCGAUCGAGUAUGAUUUUGAGAACACGAAGCUCACAAUUGGCAUCCUCCAAGCUGCAGACCUCAUGUCCAUGGAUUCCGGUGGAACUUCUGAUCCUUACGUUCGAGUCUUCAUUCUGCCUGAUAAGAAAAAGAAGUUUGACACCAAGGUGCACAAGAAAACGUUGAACCCUGUCUUCAACGAGACGUUUGUAUUCAAGCAGGUGCCCUAUGAGGAACUAGGGGGGAAGACACUGUGCAUGUCGGUGUACGACUACGACCGAUUCUCCAAACAUGAUGUGAUUGGAGAGGUGAAGCUGCCCAUGAAUACCAUUGACCUCGGACGACCAAUCGAAGAGUGGCGAGACCUGGAGAGCGCUGAUCAAGAGGAGCCUGAGAAACUUGGAGACAUUUGCAUCUCCCUCCGUUACGUCCCCACUGCUGGGAAGCUCACUGUCUGCAUCCUGGAAGCAAAGAACCUCAAGAAGAUGGAUGCCUGCGGCUUAUCUGAUCCUUAUGUAAAGAUCCAACUGCUUCAGGGGGGGAAGCGCCUGAAGAAAAAGAAGACAACAGUGAAGAAAAACACCCUUAAUCCAUAUUACAAUGAAUCAUUCAGCUUUGAAAUCCCACUGGAACAAAUGCAGAAAAUCUUGGUGGCAGUCACAGUGUUUGAUUAUGACAAGAUUGGCAAGAACGACGCCAUUGGAAAGAUCUUCGUCGGCAGCAAGGCAACUGGUUUAGGCCUUAAGCACUGGUCUGACAUGCUGGCUAACCCACGCCGUCCCAUUGCCCAGUGGCACGUUUUGCAGCCUGAGGAGGAAAUUGACGGUCAGCUGGCAUCCUUGAAUGCAAAGAAGUAAUAAUACAGUCCGCUAAGCAGCUUUCAUGCUCUUACUCAGAAAUCGAACCCCCCUGUCCCUCCUUUGCAUGAAUUCCAUGACUUAACAAACGACAAAUUGUCAUAAAUCCUGCUCAGCAAAAAAGACACAUCUUAGAGUAUUUUCUCAUUCAUAGUUAAGUCAAAGGAAAAUGGUUUUUAGCACUGGUUCACUCACGUUAGCGUACACUGAGGAGAAAAUGUUGAGAGAGCAGCUCGCGAAUGACCGACUUUUGGUCUUUGUAUCAUUUAAAGAAACUUAGAAACUGAUUCUUAGGGUGCUGCUGCUAGAUAGAAGUUUCGGGGAAGACAAUGCUGGAUAAAAAAAAAAAACUUUAGUUUAGGUUAUAGAGCAUGCUUUACUUAACUACCCACUUAUCUGUGCACUCCACAUCCAGUAUGGUAUCUCGCUAAUAAGUGUGCUAUAACCCGCAAUAGAAAGUAUUUUGUGUAGAGCAUAGAGUCGGUUUACAUCUCUUAGAGCAAACAGAUUUAACUAAGGAGGCAUCAGGUCGAGGUCAGUAAAUGCAGCAAUCAGUUUUUUCUCAAAGAAAAUCUACCUUUGUUUCAUCAUCAGUAUAUCAGGGACGAUGCAGUUGUCUGAUCUUUGUCGCCUGUUCAGUCUUGUGAUGAAGGCACAUCCACACACUUAGGCUCAACACACUUUUCCUCAGACAGAUCUGAUGUGGGAGAGGAACACAAGGGUGCCUUCCUGAUGUGACAAUUUGAGACACAGGUUUCUUUGUCUCUCUUGAAGAGGUUGUAUCUCAUUUUAAAAGCUGUCAGGGAUAAUGUGAAUGUGCCAUCGGAUAUCUGAGCUGGGUUAACCUCCUGGAUGUAAAACCUUACUUUUAUGGAAGAAGUAAGGACACCAGAAGGAUUAGCACUAAUGCUCAAAAGAAGUUUGCUUAUUUUGAAUUCCGCUAUUGGUUCAAAGAACAGUGCCAUCUUUAUUCAUUUUAGAUAACAUUAAGCAUCAUGUGCUUCUCUAUCAUAGUUUUUCCCACAUAUUCUGUCAAAGAAAAAAACAUUUUUACAGGAAAUGGGAUUUGAAAUUUGACAUAAGCUUAAAGAAACAUAAAUUAAACUAUUAAAUGUAAGUUUGUUAGUAUGGCAUCUGCAGCAUUCAACACACAUGUCAUGGAAAAACUGCUUGAACCAAAUAGAGCUUCAGAAUUGAGCAUGGGUCAUGCUUUGUUGUAUUUCAUGUUGAAUUGUUCAAUCAAAUCAGACUUUGUGAUCCUGGGGCCAAAGUGCUGCCACAUGUUGUUAUGAAUUCAUCAAAUGCUGUGUCAAUGUGAUGUAUGGAGACUUAAAGGCAGGAAAGAAUACAAUGAUCUAUCUACUAAAACUGAAUGCCACGUUGUGUGUUUCAAUCAUUGUGAAAAAUGAGUAUAUUUCAAUACCAGUGAUUUCUGUGUAAACAGAAAAAUCUACUGUUUAAGCUAUCAAAUUGAAUUAAUUUGGUCUUACAACCCAUGUUUUGUUUUGUUUUUUUGUUUUUUGUACUU